AUGCAUACUUGAAGCUUUUAGACGAUAUCCUUCAUAUCAUUAUUGCAUAAUUGUAUAUUGUUCACAGGAAAGUUAUUUAAAUGGGUGUUAUUCUAUAAUAGACAGAACAAUGAUUUUCAGUUGGAUUUUGAUAAGAGCUAGUCCGUGCUCUGCUGCACAUGAAAAGGGUACAAGGAUAACGGUCCCUAAACAGCUUAAUAUCACAAAUCUGAUAUGGAUUCAGAUUCCGAUGAUGAUUGGCAUGAUGAAGACACAAACCAACGCAGGAGUCUUCGAAACAAUAUAAGUUCAGAACAAGGUACAAAUACAGAGUCAUUACAUGAGACACCUGAGUCCUGGUUUCACGAGGGUUUGGAAAUCAAUCGAUACGAAUUCAUCAGGACUGAGAAAGUAUUUGUAUUAAGCCCUUUUCUAUAUCGGAACAUAUUUUCACCAUUUGAUGAAACUAAAUUCACAGAACAACCUGAAAUAUAUAAAAAAUGUAUGAUUAAAAUCUUAUCAAUGGAAGAGGCUGUUUGUUUUCCAGAAGACAACAAACAUAUGAAAAUAAACAUUUCUGGGCGAGAAACUUGUGGACAAACAUAUACAGACGACACAGUGUAUGUAAAAUUAUCUAACGAUGGCAAGCCUGAAGAAGAUAGAAAACACUACGGCGAGGUAGUAUCUUUCAUAGAUAGAAAACGCUUCAAAGAUGUAAUCCAUCCUGUUUUUGUUUGUCUUAUCGAUCGACGACAGAGUCAUUUGAUGGUUCCAAUUUGCAAGACUAUUCCAAAAAUUAAUAUUUUACAUGGGCGUCUUGCAAAGUGGUAUCCAGAGCGUUUAAGAACAAGUGUUGAAAUUCAUAAGCACGAUUCAGCUACAAAUGAUCUUAAGUUUCAUAAGUAUCAUAACAUCACAGAAGGUGACAAAGAAAACUGGUUGUUUAUUGUAGUUCUUUUAAAAUGGAAGUUAACCAAUAUUCAUCCACUUGGCGCAGUUGUAGGUGUAGUACACAGCUCUCAAGAUAUAGAAGAGGGAUUAACGCUUAUUUCUUUGCAAAACAAUUUGCCCUUGUGGUUUGAUUACCCUUCAGUCGAAGAAAUUCGAGAAUUAAGAGUUGACUUGAAAGCACACGGUUAUCAAGAUAUAACCAAAUCCGAUAGGAUAUUUACAAUAGCUGGAAUAGAGGAAAGUUUCAUAAAUCAUGGUUUUAGCAUUAAGGUAGUUAAAGAGAACAUAUUUAGAGUUGGUGUUCAUGUCACUGACGUUAGCAAGAUCGUUCACAUACAUGAUGAAAUAGAUGAACAAGCACGAUCACGCGGAUUUUCUUUUCAAACUACAAAUAAAUCACAGAAUAAUCUUAUGCUACCUGAUCAUAUCAACAAUCUUUGUAGCCUAGAACCAUGUCGCAAAAGAUAUGCAAUAUCAAUUUUCUUUGAAAUAGACCAAACUGACCCAAACAAUAUACGUAUAGAAGACAAAACGAUUUUAAGAACGAUAAUAAGUUCAUCUUCUCAUUAUAAUUACAUAGAAAUAGAUAACAUUCUCAACAAUGAAGGUAUUAUUGAUGAUAUGUUCGCAGAUAUACAGCUUCUUUUUCAAGUGUCAAAGAAAUUGAAAUUCCAACGUCUUAAAAUGGAGUCCUUUACAUCACCAAUAUCAGUAGAUUUUACAACUACAGACAGCGUUAUGAAAACAAAAAAAGCACAUUCUUUAGUUGAAGAAUAUCUUGUUCUUGCCAACAAUACAGUAGGAAGCAUACUAACGCAAACAUUUCAUAUGAAUGUACCUGUUUUCCAUGCAUUACAAUUGGCAAGAGACGGCAGAAAUAAACAAAAAGAAUGGUAUUUGUUGCACAAAUAUUUUGCCCAUCUUUUGUGUAGCAAACAAGAAGAGAUAACUGAAGAAACAGGACAAUUAUCAAUUAAUAAUGCACAGUCAGUACCAAUUUACUUGUAUCAAAGGUUAGGUGACGACUCCCCUAUGAGUGAAAAUGAUGAAAAUGUAAAUAAUGAAAAUGAAAACAGACUUUUUGUUCCGAUACAAACACAUGUUUUAGACCAAAUUUUAGGACAUGUUCAAAUCGAUAGGAAUAUUGAUGAAGCAGUUGAACUUAUUUGUUCUGAUUUCAUUCAUCCUAAACAGGCUUUAGCUUUGAAAGAAUGGCAAUCUUUUGAACCUAUGCCUCAGUACAGAAUGUCUGUACUCACUAGAGAAAAUCCAACUGUUCAGUUUACAUGCCCUCUUAGUAGAUAUUGUGAUAUCAUCGUCCAUCGACUGAUACAUGCUUAUUUAGAUGGAAGAAAUACUCCCUAUGAAUUUACUGAAUUACGAACUAUAUGUGAGUAUUUAAACACGUUGUUGAAAAAAAGAAACGAUUUCAAUUUGCAGUGUAAAGAACUAGUUCUUGCAAAUUAUCUAAAGACACAGCCAAUUAUUUUUCAGGGUUUCGUUUCUCACGUAUCACCCGAAAGAUAUGAUAUUUUCAUACCAGGUCUUCAUGAAACUAUGACAAAAAGUGUGUCUGUAAAAUUCAGCGAGAUAGAUGUUUGUAGUAUUCCUGAAAUCACUGAGGACAACGAUAUGCUAUCAUUCAAUGACAAUACAGACACUAGUGAUGAUCCAGAAUGCACAGAAGAAAAUCGAAAUAAUGAAUACGCAAGUUCAAAAGUAACGGUGAAAUGGAAAAGGCGUUUAUAUAGCUUUAAAACUACUAUAUUGCCGAAACCAAUGAUUGAUGAUGAUGACGUACAAACAAGACCUGACAAGUAUGUAAAGAUAUAUCCUCAUCUGAACACUGCAUUUGUUAGCUUUAGGUUUUGGAAAAGCAUACUUCAACAUGUCUUCGAAGAAAAUUAUAAUGCAUUAAAGCAUAAACUGUCUAUAAAUACCAGAGAACAAAUGAUGCAAGAGCUUGAAAGAAAUAAGCAGCACAUAGAUAGUUUUAAAAAUAGUGUAAAUGACGUCAGUUCUGAAGUAUCCGACCAGGUAAUAAUUGAUCACUUUGUUCCAUUCCAAACAUCAUUUCGACACGGCCAAAUUGUUACGAUUCAAAUGUCAGCUAAAGAAUUAUCAGGAAUUCUGACACCAAUUCCACAAAUAGUUAUCCUGACAAACAGUAUCAAAUUUUGUCUGCCACAUGUACAAGAUCCAAUCAAAACGUUUCUGAGAUAUGCAAAAUCCAGUUCGAUACCUAAGUACAGGAACGUAGUGGACUACAAGAAUAUCUGGCUCCCCAUUGUUGAAAUGGAAUCUACUUUUAAUGCUGUGCAUAGUGAGGAAUCAGUCAUAAUAAACGAAGUACCCCUUAAAUUCAAAAAUAUCCAAGGGAUGUUUGAGCUGGAUCAAGAAUUUUGUGACAAACGUGAUUUGGAGUUUGGAUAUAUUCCAGAAGUGGAUGACAAUGAAAUGGGAUUAUUAAUGAAUGAGAAUAAAACAUAUUUUCCGCUACCUAGUGGAAAUUUUCUUUGCAUAAUGAAAGACCAAAACCUUGACUGGGAAACAAAACAGAAAAUAGGAAAUCAGGUUCUACAUAACGAUACAUAUUUAUGGAGUGGUCAUGCGGAGACUACAAAAAUAUGUAAAUAUCAGAAGUUGGAACAAAGAAGGAAUGGAGGUCAACAUAGAUCAACCAAAAUUCGUGUUAUAUUCCAACUUCACGAAAACAGUUCGCCGCCACCUGCUACUAUGUUAGACGAUUGCAGACUAGAGAUAAUUUACAAAUCACCAGUUGACAGGCGUCUUGAAACUCAUCUGAAAAAGAUUCGACAAGCGAGCGAUUUAGCAAAAAAUAUAGCGGUUGGAAAGGAUAUCAAUUUCCCAGAUCGUAUACAUUUGGAAGUAGCGGAACAGGUUGAAACAGAAGGUCUCGAUGUUGAUAUGUGGCCAAAUAAUCAACAUCAGCACUGGGCUAUUAAAACUUCUCUGAAAAGAAGAUUUAAACUGAUUCAAGGCCCACCAGGAACUGGCAAAACUUAUAUUGGUGUUAAACUUGUUUACCUUUUCAACAAAUUUAAUACCUUAAUGCAACAGAGGACGGGUGAUACUAAGAAUCAGAUCAUUUUCUGUGGACCUUCGAACAGAUCUGUCGAUUUAGUAGCACGUCUUGUAAUAGAGAAAUUAGGACCAAAAGCCCCACGUAUUGUUAGAAUAUAUGGAACUGCAAUUGAACAACUAAGCUUCCCAAUUCCUGGAAGGGCAAGUGUAACCAGGCGCAACAUAUCCGAUGCUAAAGCAGAUCCCUACCUGGUUGAACAUUGUGUUGUUUUACAUUAUUUGAUCCGUCAAGAGGGAAAACCAUAUGCCGCACGUUUAAAGGAACUAGAUGAACAAUUUGCCGACGAUGUCAGUAUGCUAGAAGAAAUUGAUGAACGAAAUAGGGAGCCUUUAAAAACAACUGUUGAAAUGAUUAAGGAAUACAAAGAUAUCCAGAGUAAAGCAACAAAGGAAGAGCUACCAAAAUAUGACGUCAUAUUUUGUACAACUUCACUGGUAGCAAACCCAAAGGUUCUGAAAGCUACAAAAGACAGAGUUUACCAGCUUAUAAUUGAUGAGAGUGGAAUGUGUUCUGAACCUGCAACAAUAGUUCCUAUAAUAGCAACAUCUGCGAAACAAGUUGUUCUUAUUGGUGACCAUAAACAGUUGCGUCCGAUUAUUAAAUGUAAAGAAGCAGCAAAACUUGGAUUAGAAACCUCGCUUUUUGAAAGAUAUUCAGGAAAUAUCCUAUACAAAACCAUGCUACAAGAACAGUACAGAAUGCAUCCAAAAAUAUGCGAAUUCCCGUCAAAACACUUUUAUGAUGGUGAAUUAAAAACUCAUCCUGGGGUCGGAACAUCGUAUCAACCAUUGCAAAUGUGGCCACGUACGAUCAAUGAACAUUGUCCACAUGUAUUUUGUCACGUUGAAGGAGAUGAAGAGAUGUUAACGGUUAAAACCGAGGCAGGAAAUGAACAGUCAAGGUUCAACGACGCCGAAGUUAAACAAGUGAUGAAAGUUUUUCAACAUAUGGUAGAAAACGAGAAUGUGCCACCUUCAAGCAUCAAUGUCAUGUCUCAGUACAACGCCCAGUGUACAGCAUUGAGGGCAGAAUCUGUUAACACUGGAAUAACACUGCCUAUUGUAUCAACUGUAGUUGCCAGCCAAGGUGGAGAAUGGGAUUAUGUUAUAUUCAGUUUGGUAAGAUCUAUUCCUAGUUAUCGAAUACCGAAACAACCAACCAGAGGAUGGUGCUUCCAGAAUCUCGGAUUUAUUACCGACAAAAACCAAAUUAAUGUAGCACUGACGAGGGCCAAAAAAGGACUUGUAAUUAUAGGUAACAGAAAUUUGCUUGUAUGUGACCCAGUAUGGAAAGAUCUUCUUCACGACUACGAAAAGAAGAAUUGUAUGUUCAUUGGCACGGACUUCCCACCGGCUACAUAAUCAGCUUCAUUCACUAUGUUGAAACAAAAUGCUGUGUAUUAUUUAAAAAUAUUACAGAAUAAAGGGAAUUUCUUUUGUUUA